CGGCUCACAGCCGGCGCCUCGGCCGCCCCUUCCCCUGCGCCCCCCCCCUGCGGGCGGGGCCAGGGAAGAGGAGGAGGAGGAAGAGGAAGAGGAAGGGGCGGCGGGCCGCGCGGGCCAUGGCGCCGCGCGAGGCCGGGCGAGGAGGCCUCGAGGCGCCGCUGCUGGCUGAUGCGCUGCGCGCAGGGGUGCGCAGCGCCGGCACGGCAGAGGGCACUGCCUGUCCCUCGGCGGCGGCGAGGCCCCUCUGGGCGGUCACUCUGCUGGAGGGCACGGCCUUCGUGAUCGCCAUGGUGCCCGCCUUCAGCCUGCGCUUCCGGGAGCUCGCGAAGGCGGAGGGCCUGGACGCCGCCGCCACGGCGGUGAUGCUGGGCCGGCUGCAGGCCGUGCGGAGCGCCGUGGAGUUCGUUGCGACACCCACGCUGACGUUCUGGUCGGACCGGACUGGGCGCCGGCCGGUGAUGCUGCUGUGCGCCACGGCCCUGACCCUGCAGAUGUUGUGCCUCGCUCUCGCGAGGUCGCUGUGGGCCUUCGGCGCGGUGUUCGUCGCCUUCGGGCUGCUGUCGAACUCCAACGGCGCCCUGGAGGCCACGUGCAUCGCGGACGCCACCGAGCCCGGGGCCUCGCGAUCCCUGGCGUUCGGCCGGCUGUACACCGUGAUCGGCGCCGUCAUGGUCGUGGGCCCCCUGGUCGGCGGCUGGCUGACGAGCAUAGACGGCCGGGUGCCGUUCUUCGCCGGCGCCGCGUUGUGUACAGGUGGGGUGUUCUUUGCAGCAUGGCAGCUACCCGAGUACCUCUCCGAGAAGCGUCACCGCGGCAGGGUGCUGCGGCGGAGCUCCUCGGCCGAGGCGCUGGGGGGCGUGCUGCGGGGCUCGCCGAGCACCACGUGGUUCAUCUGCGCCUCGGUCUUCUCGGCCCUCGGCGUCGGCGCCUUCGCGUCCGCCCAGGUCUUGUGGCUGAGGGAGGUGUUCGGGUUCGACAGCCGCGGGGUCGGGAGCUUCCUUUCGCUCAACGGCCUGCUGCUCAUCGCGUCGCAAGGGGUGCUGCUGCCGCGGCUCCUGAAGGCCUUCAGCGGCCGCGAGGCUCGCCUCGUGCAGCUGGGCCUCCUCUGGACGGCGGCGAAGCUGGCGGCGCUGGGGCUGGCGCCGUCGACGGCGUGGCUGUGGGCCGCCCAGAUCGCCGGCAUCGGGGGCAGCUGCGCCGUGGCGCCCCUGCGCAACCUGUGCACGAAGGCCGUCCCGGAGUCCCACCAGGGCGCGCUCGCCGGCACGGUGUCCGGGGCCUCCACGGCGGCGCAGGUGGUGGGGUCGGUGCUCGGCUCGCAGGUCUCUCCGCGCCACCCCCUGGAGGGUGCCUGCCGGGUCGUUCCUCUUCGUGGGCGCGGCGGCCCAUUGCGCGGCCGUCGUGUGCGUCUCCAGAGGGGCAAUCCUUGACACGAAGCAAAAGGCGGAUGUGGAUUUGCCCGAGAUCGCAGCAGGC